AUGUCUAUUUAUCGGUAUUUAUCAACGACAGCUAAGUCAACUAGUAAAAUUUUUCAAGCACAUUCUUUUUCCGAAGUUGUGAAACAAUUUUCCAAAUUUUCUUCUCAUGAUGAACUCAUCGAAUAUUCUCAACGUCCUAUUGACUAUUGUUAUGCAAAUCGUAUGAUAGAAACAUGUUCUUCAACUCAUGCAACACCAUUCUGUCUAAUAAAAUCAGCCGAAGAUCUUCAUAAUCAAUUAUUAGUUCGUAUAGCCCAUUGCAUCAGUUAUUUUCAAUCAUUACCAUUUUUACCAGCUGCUAAUCCAACAUUAUUAUCAUUACAUGAUCGUUAUUUAAAAUUAUUUGAAUCAUUAGCAAAUUUCGAUGCGAUAAGAACAGAUCAAGAUGAAGAAAAAUUCUUUAAUUUUAUCAAUAUGUUUAUGUUACAAAAUAAUGACAUUAUUGGUCAACUAUCAAUUGGUUGUCGUGAAGCACAAAAGAAUUUUAAAUCCUAUAAAAUUAUGAAAGAAUUUCUUGAUAAUGUCCUGCAAAGUCGUCUAUCGAUGCGUUUACUUUCUGAUCAUUAUCUUGAAUUGCAUAAACAAUUAAGAAAUAACAUUUCAAAUAAAAAUUGGUGUGGAGCUAUUUGUUUGGAUUUCUCGCCAGCCAAAAUUGUUCAACAAUGUCUUGAUGAUGUUUCGUCCAUUUGUUUUGAUACGUAUAGUGUUGUUCCACAUGUUAAAAUAGAAAAUCUUAUGACAAAACCUAUACCUUAUUUUCCUUAUGUUGUUGAAUAUAUUUUACGCGAAUUACUAAAGAAUUCCAUGCGUGCUGUAGUCGAAUAUAAUAAAGUUUUACUGGGUAAUAUGCAACAUGUAAAAAAGUAUUUUGAAGAACGUCGAGACGAUGUAUUGUGCAAAGUUUUAAUUACAUCAGAUCCUGAUGAUGAACAUUUUACCAUUGCAAUUCAAGAUGAAGGUGGUGGAAUCGAUGAAACCAAUGAAAAAUUAUUCAGAUAUAUGUUUACCGGUGAUAUAAAAAAAGAAGAAGAAGAAGAGGAAGAAACAGAUGUGAUAGCUGAUUUUCAAGAACGUAUCAUACAGUCAAAUAAACAAAUGUAUGGCCAUGGAAUAGGACUCCCGAUUUGUCGCCUCUACGCUGAAUUCUUCGGUGGUUCUUUGACAUUACGACAAGUAUCACGUGUCGGUGUUGAUGUUUAUCUUCGUCUCGGAUUUAUUCAUACAAAUUCUGAACGUAUAAAGAUCUGA